AUGGCUGUCGCGCUGGAGUCUGUCGACGCAGAUCAAGACGACUCCAGCAGCGGCGAGAUCGUCGGCGCAGAGGACGACGAGGCGGUCGAGGUCAGUGGUGACCGCCUCGACGAUGUCGACACGCCUUCCAGUGGCGACAGUCCGACGUCACGUGGCGACAGCCCAACUUCGCAGCCGCAAACCUCCGAGGAUGGCAGCGGCCUAUGGCGGCUGCUGCUGACGGCAUCCGCCUCAGCCGCGACCACCGCCGUCGGCAUGGCGCUCCUCUUCACGCGUUGGAUUCGGGAGGCGGCGCCGCCAGAGCUGCGGUACGCGCCGAGCGAGGAGAAUGUCAAGCUCGUCAUGGCGGUGCCGCUCCUGCUUCGGUCGUACAUCCCGAACGUGCUCACGCGGAACGGGCACCUCGCCUCCCUCUUUGGCUACAUCAAGCUCCCCUCGUGGCGGCACCGCUGCGACCGCGAGCUAGUUCCGCUCUCCGACGGUGGCACUGUCUCAGUCGAGUGGUCCCACCUCUAG